AUGAGAGGGCUGCUGCUGCUGACUGCGCUCGUUGCGACCGUUUUCGGUCAGGAGACCUUCGAGGGGCAUCAGGUGCUGAGAGUGACCGCCAAGGAUGAGGUCCAGAUCUCCCUGCUCCAGGACCUGGCUGAAAUGGACAUGCUCCAGCUGGACUUCUGGAAGGAGCCUGCUCACCCCUCCCUGCCCGUGGAUAUCCGUGUCCCCUUCCACAGCCUGCAGGCAGCCAAGGCUUACUUGGAAGCCAACGGGAUCCAGUACUCCAUCAUGAUCAAAGACCUGCAGGCUGUUCUGGAUGAGGAACAGCAUGAGAUGCAGUCUGCUCGUUCCGUGGAGGCCAGGAACACCGACAGCUACGACUACGCCAACUACCACAGCCUGAGUGAGAUCUACAGCUUCAUGGACAUGCUGGUGUAUGAGAACCCCAACCUGGUGAGCAAAAUCCAGAUCGGCAGCAGCUAUGAGAAGCGCCCUCUGUACGUUCUCAAGUUCAGCACUGGUGGGUCCAACCGCCCUGCCAUCUGGAUCGACACUGGGAUCCAUUCCAGAGAAUGGGUCACCCAGGCCAGCGGCACCUGGUUUGCAAAGAAGAUUGUGACCGACUACGGCACUGACCCCGCCCUCACCGCCAUCCUCAACAAGAUGGACAUCUUCCUCGAGAUCGUGACCAACCCUGAUGGCUACGCCUAUACCCACAGCCGCGAUCGCAUGUGGCGUAAGACCAGGAAGCCAAACUCUGGCAGCUCCUGUGUGGGAGUGGACCCCAACAGAAACUGGGAUGCUGGCUUUGGAGGCGCUGGCGCCAGCAACAACCCCUGCUCGGAAACCUACCGGGGCCCCAGGGCUCACUCCGAGCCCGAGGUCAGCUCCAUCGUGGACUUCGUGAGCUCCCACCGCAACUUCAAGGCCUUCGUGUCCAUCCACAGCUACUCCCAGAUGCUGCUGUACCCCUACGGGUACACCCGCACUCCCGCCCGCGACCAGGCCGAGCUGCAUGCCCUUGCCCAGAAGGCUAUCACUGAGCUGGCCUCUCUGUACGGAACCCGCUACAGAUACGGCAGCAUCAUCAACACCAUCUACCAAGCAAGCGGUGGCACCAUCGACUGGACCUACAACCAGGGCAUCAAGUACUCCUACACCUUCGAGCUGAGAGACACCGGUCGCUAUGGUUUCAUUCUGCCGGCCAAUCAGAUCAUCCCCACUGCCCAGGAGACCUGGCUGGCCCUGAUGGCCAUCAUGGAGCACACCAAGGACAACGUGUACUGAACAGUGCGGGCUCAGGCUAACCUGUUGCCAAUAGCAACGUCCAGAUUACCACUUGGAUAAUUUUACAAUAGUCUUUUCGCUUGUGCAAUUAAUUGGAGACCAGGGCCACAUUUACAUGGAGAAAAUCACCAAUAAACUUUCCGCUGGCAUCCCGUGAAGCCACUGUUCUUUGAUCCCAAGAGACUUCUGCCAUUUGUGACCGGAAAAUACAUCCACACAUCCAAAUGACAAAUCUUGAUCUUGAUAAUAAUUAAAACACAUGUGCUUUAUUAAACAUUAAAUAUACAAAAUUGAACUUUUGUCAGAAAGGGUAAAUAUACCAUCAUACUGCAAGACUUACUAUUAUUUUCUUCAUAGAACAAGUUUAUGAAAGACCUAUUAAACAGACAGACACCUUGAUGAAUCAGCAUGUUAAAAUGAAGUUGGUAACCUGAAAUGUACUGAAAAACACGUAGAUAUAUUAAACAUCUGUUUAGCCAACUGUUUUGCAACUGGUCCAAUACAGUACCUCAACUUCAACAUGGUGCACAUUUUGCCAUAGUAACAGUAAAAUGCCCUUUCCUCUUCCCUCCCCAAAUCCUAAUUUAGGCAUCAGCAAAGGCAGGGCUUUGUUCUACACAUAAAAACUGUGUCUACAACUUACCACCACACUGAGAAAUGCAUUUUAAUACUGUUGAAUAAUUGCCCACCAGAAAUCUAAUAAAAUGCAUUUCCCCUCAGAGAGAGUUGAUCUUUCUAUUCUGAUUUUACGCACCACUUCAGGUGACACAUGUAAGUCUUCCAGGUCACAAUUAGAGUUCUGUCACCUCCAAGAGACUGGAUUAAGCACUGCAUAUGAUUAAAAUGUUGCAAAUUAUGAAACUGUUUUCCAACUCAUGUUCUUCUGUGAGUUUUCAGUCAGAUAAGUAC